UAUUUCAGAUGCACUGUCAGGGUUUUUUGUUUACAUAGCAACGAGCGGUCGAUGGUAGCAAUGCGACAAGGGCACAUGUUUCCUCUGAUAUGCAAUGAAAGUAACGAUUAAACGAUAACGAUUGAAUUGACAUAAUUAUGCUGUGUUGUUGUGCCGUUUCGCGCGUUUACUUGAUUAGCUUUUGCCGCGUUUUAUAAAAGGACAAGCUAACGGAAACUAGAGACAGUGAAACAAACAAAAUAUGUCUUUUCAAGAAUCACGACGUUCCUCUGAAGAUGAGGAGGCGUUCUAUAUGCAGUGUAGAGCUGCGUAUCUGGCCGUGUUCCGAUCUAGUUUGACAAAUAUUACUUCAAAGCAGCAGUUAUGUCACGUUCUUCAACAGGCAGGUAGAAAUCCAUCUCAAGCAACUCUGAGUAAAUACUGGAGUCCUGGAACGUCUAAACUGAACUUUGAUGACUUCUGUGAGAUACUCAAAUGUGAAAGACAAACCGAGGAGGCGGAGCUAAUGAGAGCUUUCAAAACUAUGGAUGUGAAUGGGGAUGGCUACAUCUUCCACAGUGCACUGGAAAAGGCUUUAACCACAAAAGGUGAGAAAAUGACAGCUGAGGAGGUGGACACUAUUUUCUCGUUAGCUGACGUCAACAAAGAUGGCAAACUGGACUAUGCAGAGUUCUGCAGAUUGUUUGCAUCAACUGUGCAUCAGUGCCAAACGGUUGCUAUGCAGAAACUUGAGACUGAUGGGAAAUUAAAGAGGCAAAACUUUGGCAGUCAAUCAUACAGCCUUCCUAAGGGCACUGCGUCUACACACCCAGCAGCAGUAGAAGUGGCAGCGGCUCACCAUGCCGACUCUGAUUCAACACUAAAGAAAGACAGCAAGCCAUCGUCCCGCCUUUCCUCUGCUCGCAGCCGACGCUCAUCCCUCUCAAACUCCGUUACCAUGAGAUCCAGCAGCACCAAGGCCAGCCAAGUCUUAGAACCUGCUGGUCUGCAGGACUGGCACCACAGCUUCCGGAAGGGAUGCUUCUUUGUCGAGGAGGAUGGGAGUAUCAGCUCUCUGCAGUACCAGCUCCACGUCCCCCAGACGACCCGUGUCUACAUCACCAUCCGUCCACUCAACAUCCACGGACCUGAAAAGCCUUCGUCAUGCAUGACAGUAGACACAGCGCUUUUCAUCAUGUCAGCUGGUGAAACCAGAGAGGAGGCUACUUUAGUGUGCUUUACUGAAUCAAAAGACAAGGAAAAAUAUGUUUGGAUGGGAGAGUUAAACGCUGGGACGUACUACCUGCUUCCAUUCACCAGUGGCUGCAGGUUAAAGAAACACAACAAAAAGAACUUUCCGGGUAAAUCUGUGGAACUGGUCUACAAGACUGACACCGGGGAGUUGGACUUCACCCGCGAGCUAAGGGAAGUGCUGUCUGACAUCUUUGACACGAUAGACCUGGAUGGAAAUGGCCUGCUGAGCCUGGAGGAAUACAAUUUCUUUGAGCUGAGGACCAGUGGAGAGCAGUGUGAUAAAGAGGCAUGGGCUGUCUGCAAAGAAAACUUUGAUAUGAGAAAGAAUCAGCUGACCCGACAGGGUUUCAUGGAGCUGAACUUGAUGGAGGCCACAGAGAAAGAUGGAGACUCUGCUGACUUGUGGGUAACCCUGGAGGCCAUGGGCUACAACCAUAUGCUGGAGCUUACAGAGGCGUGUCCAUUUCAAAUAGACGUGUACUGUGAAAGCUCUCAGCCGUCCAUUCAAUCCCUUAGUCUGGAAUCAGGACCCAAGCUGCUGAACCAGGCUGUCCAGAAAUCCAUCACUGCAAAGAGUGGAGCCAAAGCACUAAGAGGGCAUGACAAUGUCUUCAUCUUUACUUACAGAGGGGAGCACAGAAUCUCCUCUGUCAUUGCCAAUAAGACAAAUCAGAAAGUGACUGUUCAUGUAAACAACGAGCAGAGCAGGAACUGCUGCAGCAGCAGGGGCAUGACGGUGUUUGCAGUAGAGAUUCCAGCCAGGACUAAGAUGGUUUGCCAACAUGUUAUGCCCAUUAAUGACAAGCAGGAUUGGAUCUACAACUGCUUGGAAACCAUUUUGCCCAGCAUAUGAAAGACCUCCAGAUUGACUCCAGAAGAGAUCAAAUCUUCCUUAAAAGCAUUUUACAGUAAAAAACAAACAAACAACAGAAUGGAGUGGAUGCAGUACCCAUAAAAAAUAUGAAUUCACCUUUUCCUUUUGGCUUUUCCCUUCCGGGAUCACCAUGGUGAAUCAGCGUCGUCCAUCUAAAACUGUCUUCAGCAUCUUCUAUUCAAACCUUCAUAUCAAUAAAAGUAAAUAUUAGGACAUUUA